CAGCUGUUGCAAAACUACAACUCCCAGCAUGCCAUCAGCGUAUCACCAGCCGCAUUGAUGUCCCGCCUCAGCCGGUGAUAGGCUGAGCGCACUGUCAUGUAAGCAGCCGGCACUGUGACGUUCCUGUCCCCAGGAAGCAGCAUGAAGAUCGCAGCAGAGAACAGUAAGGCCGAUAGCGGAGAAACAGGGGAACGUAGGAAGAACAUGGUAUCCAGUUUUCGAGUGUCAGAACUGCAAGUACUCUUGGGCUUUGCUGGCCGCAACAAAAGUGGGCGCAAACACGACCUCCUCAUGAGAGCACUUCACCUUCUGAAGAACGGAUGCAGCCCUGCUGUUCAGAUUAAAAUCAAAGAGCUCUAUAGGAGGAGGUUUCCUCGGACAUUAGACACAGUUCCAGGCCUCUCAUCCAUCAGAUCGAACAUCUUCAACUUGGAUAGCAACUCCUCAGUAGAUUCAGACCUCGCUGUGGCUGGAAUCCACUCCUUACCUUCCACUUCUGUAGCUCCGCACUCUCCUGCAUCCCCUCUUGGUACAGUACUCCUACAGGACACCAAGCCACAUUUUGACUUGCAGCAACUUUCUCCCCCAAUCCCACCUGUCCAUCCAGAUGUUCAUCUCCGAAGUCUUCCCUUCUAUGAUGUUCUUGAUGUGCUCAUCAAACCGACCAGUCUGGUUCACAACAGUAUGCAACGGUUUCAAGAGAAAUUCUUUAUCUUUGCGUUGACUCCUCAGCAAGUGCGUGAAAUAUGCAUUUCCAGGGAUUAUAUGCCAGGAGGACGAAGAGAUUAUUCUGUGCAAGUUCAGCUGAGGUUGUGUUUGGCAGAGACCAGUUGUCCUCAGGAGGAUAACUAUCCCAGCAGCCUUUGUAUUAAAGUCAAUGGGAAGCUCUUUCCGUUGCCGGGUUGUGCCCCACCUCCAAAAAAUGGUGUUGAACAGAAACGACCAGGGCGCCCACUGAACAUCACCUCUCUGGUUCGCCUGUCGUCUGCUGUCCCAAACCAAGUCUCUAUCUCUUGGGCUUCAGAGAUUGGAAAGAAUUACUCUAUGUCUGUGUACCUGGUCCGGCAACUGACGUCUGCGGUGUUAUUACAGAAGCUAAAGAUAAAAGGCAUCAGAAAUCCAGACCAUUCCAGGGCACUGAUAAAGGAGAAGCUGACAGCAGAUCCAGACAGUGAAAUUGCAACCACUAGCCUGCGAGUUUCACUGAUGUGCCCUCUUGGGAAAAUGAGACUAACAUUCCCUUGUCGGGCCGUCACCUGCAGUCACUUACAAUGCUUUGACGCUGCACUUUACUUGCAAAUGAAUGAAAAGAAACCAACGUGGAUCUGUCCUGUGUGUGACAAGAAGGCCAGCUACGAGAGUCUUAUAUUAGACGGACUCUUCAUGGAGAUUCUCAAUCAGUGCUCUGAUGUAGAUGAGAUUCAGUUCCAGGAGGAUGGGUCCUGGUGUCCCAUGAGACCAAAGAAAGAACCACUGACCGCACCAAGCUCACAGUUUCCCCACAAUGAAGGAUCUGGAGUGAUCAGCAAGGUAUACUCUACUAAAGAGCCCGCUGAGAUAUGCACUAAGAAGGCAGAAGUCAUUGACCUAACCAUCGACAGUUCCUCUGAAGACGAGGAUGAGCCUGCACAUAAAAGAAAAUGUCUGUAUAUGCCGGAUUCACAGGGCUCCCCGAUGAAAGGUGUGUUAUCUUAUCAGCCAUCAACAAUACGACUGGGAAAGAUGGGGAGCAUGGAACCAGACUCCAUACAUCAAUCCUUGCUGGAAUACCAAGAUCACUUCCACCAUCCAGCCAUCACUGGUAUUGCUACUGAUUUACCAGGUUUGGAUUUUCUGUCCUUGGUUCCUGUGGAUUCUCAGUACUGUCCCCCUAUGUUUUUGGAUAGUCUCAACUCGGCUCUCCUAGCCAGGCACACUCAUGGCAAGCCCAAAACCUCGAGCAGCCGCCUUGAAAACCGCUCCACCAGCAGCGAGCCAGGAGAGAGGAAGUUCACCAAGAAGCAAUUCUGAGGAGCCCGACAUCUCCAGCCUCCAGAACAUGUCUGUUUAUUUAUUGAUUUAAUAAAAAAUAGUAAGCCAGUUCUCAAAGGAUCGUGAAGAGUGAAA